AUGCGGGGCGACGGAAUUGGCCCCGAGAUCGUCGAUGUGAUGCUCAGGAUACUUCGGGACUGCAACCUGCAGUCGGAGAUCAUCAUGUGCGAGGCGGGAUCAGAGCAGUGGGACAGAAACGGCAGAAGGGACGAGUCGUACAUCCCAGACGGGACCAUGGACAUGCUAAGGGAAGUCGACGCCUGCUUCAAGGGGCCCACCACGACCAUUCCGGUUCCCGGAGCCCCCAGGAGCGUGGCAGUCACGCUGCGGCAGAAGUUUGAUCUGUACGCAAACAUACGGCCCACAAGAACCUACGACAGGCUGACCCCCAACACAAGGCUGGACUGCGUCUGCUUCAGGGAGGCCACGGAAGGCCUGUACGCUGGCGUGGAGGCCAGGAUCACAGAUGAUGCGGCAAUCGCCAUAAGAAAGAUCACAAGGAAUGGCUGCAGGAGGCUGAUGGCCGCCGCAGCAGACUGGGCCAGGCAGCGCCACAUGACAAAGUUUGUAGCGAUCACAAAGAGGAACAUCCUCAAGCAGACCGACGGCAUAUUCUGGGAAGAGGCGCAGCGCGGCGUAAAGGACGUGCCCGGCGCCCGGAUUUCAGAGAUAUACAUAGACAACAUGGCGCAGCAGAUGGUCGUGGCGCCAGAACAGUUUAACGGCGCGGUGCUGGUCAGCACAAACCUGUUCAUGGACAUAAUCUCGGAGCUCGCGUCUGGGCUGGUGGGCUCCAUCGGGCUCAUCUACUCGGCAAACAUCGGCGACUCGUACGCCAUGUUUGAGGCGGCCCACGGCAGCGCGCCCUCCUUUGCGGGGCAGAACCGGGUCAAUCCCACGGCCGCCAUACUCUCCGGGGCGUGGAUGGCCGAGUACCUGGGCGAGGCGCCGGUGCGAGACGCCAUAUUUGAGGCGACAGAGCGCGUCAUCAACGAGGGAAGGUAUGUCACGUUUGACAUAGGCGGAAGCGCCGGAACCGACCGGAUGGCAAGCGAGAUAUCCGCAGUAGCGCAAAAGCUGCUAAGAAGAUAG